CUUCUAGAACCAAGCAGGUUAAAAGCGAGCAAAGGAGGUCGUCGUCUGGAAUCAAAAAGCCGAUUGGCAAUAGCAAUAACUCCUCUGAGAAUUACCACAAGGCUUCUACUAAGCCAAAAAGCCGACAUGAGAAACUCAUCGCUCAGCAACAACAACGGGUCGUGCAGAUGAAUGCUAAUACCUCAAAAGUAGCUGUUGAGAAGACCAGCAAUUCCACUGGCGGUUGUGGUGCACCACAGGGGAAAACAUUACCGCAGGUGCAACAAUCAGGUACCGCAACAGCAUCAUCAGCUAUCGCUCACCAUCUCACAAAACCACCACUUCAGCAGGGAGGAAAUAGCUCCAACGUCACAAACACACCUACUAACAAGUCUCAAAACCCAACACACCCAGCACCGACCAGUCCGAGCGCGUCAACUAGUCCGAACAAGCCUGCUAAGAUUUACAAGUCGGCUAUGCGUGGACAAAUGGUGGAUAUUUCCAGUCUAGUAAGUCGCUCAUCCAACCUCCAACCAGCCAUGCGAAUAACCAAACCGGGUGAUGAUUAUUCGAUCGAAUACUUGAAUGAUGAGAUGGAUGAAGUUUGAGGCACAGAUAUCACGUAGUGUGCAUUAGUGAUAUGGGGGCCGAAACGUCGAAAGUGGCGACAAGCAGGGUCGUGGUGCACACUAUUGCUAUCGAAUUGAUUCUUUGAACUUUCAUUUUACUACACUUAAAAGUGUACUAAGAAACGACUUCGUCACCAUGCACGAUCUUUUUUUUGUAGUAUGAACAAACUGGCUUGCUAGUCUAGACUAUCUGAUAAAGACUGGCUUCGUUGCAGUUGAUAGUAGGUCACAUUGAGAGAAUCCUAGUAGGAUAUGAAUAGAACAAACACUCCAGUGUAAAAAGGAGCUGCCUGAAAAAUGGCUUAUCCCCACUAGAUUCGUUUAAUCAUGUUGUGAUUAAGAGCUACUUACAUUAUAUAUAAUGACUCAACUCAAUAACAAUACGGUACUAUGAUCAACUCUUUGCAUAGGCUCGCUGCUUAUUUUACUGAAACGAAUCGACUACUCAAUACUAAGGUUUUUGCACAGCGUGUCUAGAUAAGUACAAGGGAAACCGAAUUCCUACUACUCCUUGAACUUGAUUUUCUCAUGAUUUGACGACAAAUCCUAGCAUUAUUGCACAUUCCAAAAUUUCCGUGCAUAAAACGACCACAUUCGGG